AUGGCCGACGAGCUCGUCCUCAACUUCGACCUUCCCUCGGCCGCGCCUGCCACAACUCGCGCCCGCAGCCACAAGGGCGGCCGUUGGACCGACCGCGCAAAGGAGCGCAAGCGCGGCCAGAUCGAGCACCGCAAGGCCCAGCGUGGCGACGCUCCUGCCCUCAACAACACGGCCAGCCCGCACGGCACAAAGCGCCCGCGCGACGACGACGACGGCACCGACGACCGCAGGCCCAACAAGACCAAGGCCCCUCGCCCGACCGGCGGCCCCGCACCACCAGGGCACCACCGCCCGCAGCAGGAGGUCGGGUUCGGCGGCAAGAAGCAGUUCGUCUCGUCCCUCUUCACCCGCGACGGUCUCCCCGAACCCGCACCCUCGACCUCGUCCGCCCCUGUCGCACCCGCCAAGCCCUCGAACGCGCCCCUCACCUCGGCCGCCGCCGCCGCCGCCGCCGACGACGACGACCAGCAGCAGGACGACGCGCCCGACCCGGCCCCGGAGCUCACCAAGCUCGGCCUCUCGCGCGAGCUCGUCGCCGGCCUCGCGGGCAAGCUCGGCAUCACGGGGCCGACGGCCUGCCAGGCCGGCGCCAUCCCGCGCCUCGUGCCCUCGGCCGCGCACGGCCCGCACAAGCGCAAGCAGCGCGACUUUGCCCACGACGCCAUCCUCCGCGCCCAGACGGGCUCGGGCAAGACCCUCACCUUCCUCCUCCCCAUGGUCCAAGACCUCCUCUCCCUCCCGCCCUCGCUCCUCCGCUCGGCCACCGCCUCGUCCUCGUCCUCCUCGUCCGGCCCCGACCGCUCGAUCGGCACCCUCGCCCUCAUCCUCGCCCCGACCCGCGAGCUCGCCUCGCAGAUCCACACCGUCCUCGAGUCGCUCCUGUCGUCGCUCCCCUCGUCGGCCCCCGCAACGGCCGCCCAGCCGUUCAGCAUCUCGCCCCGAGCGCUCACCGCCGGCCUCCUCGUCGGCGGCGCCAACCGCACCCACGAGAAGCGCCGCCUGCGCAAAGGGUGCCCGAUCGUCGUCGCCACGCCCGGCCGCCUCCUCGACCACCUCAAGACGACCGAGGCGUUCCGGCUCGCGGGCGAGGCGGCGCGCGUAAAGGGCCCGCAAGGGCGCCCGGGCAACCCGAACAACGCGCCGCUCGGCGCACGGUCGGCGCCCGGCGGUGGACCGGGCGACGCGCGCGUCGGCCUGCGGUGGCUCGUCGUCGACGAGUGCGACCGGCUCAUGGACCUCGGGUUCGAGGAGCAGAUGAAGGGCAUCCUCGAGGAGCUCGAGCGCCGCAGCGCCGCGAGCCCCAAGGGCCCCGCACGCGAGUGGGGCCGGCGCACCAUCCUGUGCUCGGCGACGGCGAGCGAGGGCGUCGACCGCCUUGCCGGCCUCGCGCUCGGCAACGGCGGCGACGGCGACGGUGCCGCCGGCGGCGAGAUGCCCGUCCUCGGCGCGAGGGACGACGUGCGCGUCAAGGAGCCUGUGAGGAAGGACCUCACGGUGCUCGGCGCCGGCGCAAAGGGCGGCGCCGACGACGACGACGAGGGCGACGAGGCGGCAGCGGCGGCGACCGACGGUGACGACGGCGAGGCGACGGCGCUCGCGCUCCCGACGGGCUUCACGCCGCCGUCGCAGCUCUUGCACCACUUUGUCGUCGUGCCGCCCAAGCUGCGCUUCGUCGCGCUCGUCGCCCUCCUGCGCAAGCUCCUCGUGCGCCAGCAGCAGUCGGGCAAGGGCAGCAAAAUCCUCGUCUUCAUGUCGUGCACCGACGCCGUCGACUUUUGGUGGAGCGCGCUCGGCAAGAUGCGCAUGGGCUCGUCGUCGUCGGACGAGGCGGCCGCGCUCGAGCACGACGCCGAGGAGCGCGAGGCCGACAGCAACGACGACGAGUCGAAGCGCCUCGUGUCGACGCACCCGCUCCUGCCCGCCGUCCCCAUCUACCGCCUGCACGGCUCGCUGCCGCUCCAGACCCGCCUCGCGUCGCUCGGCGCCUUCUCGGGCAAGUACAAGAUCGCCGAGGGCAAGCGCGCCGGCCAGGACACGGACGCCGGCGUCCUCCUGUGCACGAGCGUCGCAGCUCGCGGUCUCGACGUCAAGAACGUCGGCUGCGUCGUCCAGGUCGAUGCGCCAACCGAGGGCGGCGUCACCGAGUACGUCCACCGCGUCGGCCGCACCGCUCGUGCCGGUGCGCAGGGCACGGCCUACACGUUCCUCCUCCCGACCGAGACGGCCUACACGUCGUUCCUCGAGUCGGGCAUCAACGCGUCGGCGGCGUCGGGCGGCGGCAAGCUGCGCCUGCGCGAGGUCGGCGUCGAGCAGGUCCUGCGCGAGGGGUACGGGGGCGAGGGCCGCGAGUACGAGACGAGGGCGACCGACGUCCAGAUGGGCUUUGAGCGAUGGGUCAGUGCGUCCGAGGAGACGGCGUCCGCCGCUCGUCGGGCGUUCCAGGCGCACGUUCGCGCCUACGCGACCCACCCGUCGGCCGAGAAGAGCAUCUUCAACACCAAGGCGCUCCACCUCGGCCACCUCGCCAAGUCGUUCGGCAUGCGCGAGGCCCCAGGGCACGCAGCGCCGACCAAGGGCGGCAAGAAGGGCGGCGCCAACUCGCGCUCGACCGGCGGCAACGGCGGCGGGGCGACCAAGCGCGAGCGCGACGAGAACGACGGCAGCGGCGGCGCGUUCGAGACGGGUCGCAGGCGCAAGGCGAUGGAUGCCGAGGCCAAGAUGAAGAAGCUCAUGCGCGGGCCAAAGGCCAACGGCGGCGGCGAGUUUCAGAUUGCCGGGUCCGACAUGCUCGAGGGGAUGGUCAAGCGCAAGUAGCGCUCGACGGCGAGCGAUUUGCGAUGCACACAUUCACACUC